AUUGCACAUGGCAAAGUCAACAAACGUCAAGUGAAGUUGCACCCUUAAUGUUACCAACGACCAGUCAUAUUAAGAGAAGAAAAACUACAAUGAAAAGAAGUUUAAGGAGCAAGUGUAAUCAACCAAUAAUUGAAAUAUCAGAUUCAGAUGAUGAGGAGCAUAAAAUAUUUUCUAAAGGAUUAAAGGAUGAAAGCUAUGUACCAGAAGAAAGUAAAAGAAAAAUAGAAGUUAUAGCGGACAACAAAAAACCAAAGAGGAGGAUAAAAAAAGCUGCACAGACCAAAGAUGCUGAAUCUACCAAAAGAAAGGCUGCAGAAGAAAAUUUAGAAAGUAAAUUUAAUAACAAGAAACAAAAGCAAGAAGAGCCAUCACUCACUGAUUAUUCAGAAGUAUCACAACAAAAUCAGAAAAAUCAGACCAACAUUGAGAUAAAGCAUGAUGAAAAGAUAGAAAACAAGUUAAAAUUCAGCUCUUGUGCGGAAUGGACUGAUGUUGAGUACAUAAGCGAAAUCAACAAUGUGGAUAUACAGAUUGCUAAAAAUGUAGUAAAGCUUUUCAGCAGUGAUAACACUAUACCUUUUAUCGCAAGGUAUAGGAAGAACGUGACAGGAUCUAUGGAACCUGAUCAGUUGAGAGCACUUAAAGACAGUUUCGAGCAGGCAAAGGUAAUUAAGCAUCGUGCUGCAACAAUUAUUAAGACUAUUGAUAAGUUAGGAAAAUGGUCACCCGAGAUUCACUCUGCAAUCACAUCUGCAAAAUCUCUCACCGACCUGGAGGAACUUUAUUCUUUCUANAAACCGACAACAAAACGACUUCUGGCGGAAAGAGCAAGAGCUUUGGGCCUGGAGAGGAUCAGCAAUGCCAUUUUGCAAAUACAAACGACGCAGUGUAAAGCGACUAAAGAAGAUCCAAAAAAGUCUCCGAAGUCGAACGAGCAUAAGUAUGAAGGGUACUUCAAUUUUAAGGCGAGCGAGAAAAACAUUAGGCCGCAUCAGGUGCUCGCUAUCAAUCGAGCCGAAUCACAAAAAUAUAUCAAUGUAAAAGUGGUCGUUCCAGAUGCUUUUGAGCAGUCGUUCAAACGCUGUUGCGUAUGGCAAUAUAUACAUCGACAAAGUCUUACAGGGAACAUGACAACGUUACAUCGGGAUUUGCUCAACAGCAGUAUCGAUCACACUUACAAGAAGCUAAUUAAGCCGUUGGUGAUGCGUCGCGUGAGGAGCGAGGUGAAGGAGAGGGCGGAAACGGCGUCUAUAAAAGUUUUCGUGACGAACGUUAAACAAUUACUGCUCAUCCCGCCUGUGCGUGGUAAAGUUGUCCUCGGCAUAGAUCCAGGUUUCUAUCACGGAUGCAAACUCGCUGUCGUAUCGGAACACGGCAAUAUUCUUGAUACGGCUGUCAUUCAUCCGCAUAUGAAGAAUCAUGAAAAAGCAUUCCAACAGUCGGCUAAAACAUUGGCGGAGCUAGUGAAUAAACACAAAUGCACGAUACUGGCUUUAGGGAAUGGUACGGCGUGCAGGGAAACCGAAAUGUUUCUGACAAAGAUGAUCGAAUCGAAGAUGUUUGGCUCGCUGAAUGUGAGGUAUAGCAUCAUUGACGAGUGCGGAGCUUCGAUUUACAGUUGCAGUGCCGAAGCAAAAUCGGAAUUUCCGAAUCUCGAUCCGAACCUGGUGUCGGCUAUAUCAAUAGCGAGGCGUUUGCAGGAUCCAAUGGCAGAGUUAGUCAAAAUAGAACCGAAGCACUUAGGAGUCGGGCAGUAUCAGCAUGAUCUUCCCGAAAAGCAAUUGCUGAAUGCAUUAGACGAAGUGAUUUCAGAGGCUGUGAGUUAUGUAGGAGUUGAUAUUAAUACAGCUUCGCAAUGUCUCUUGCGGAGAGUAGCUGGUCUCACGAAUUCUAGGGCCGCGAGCAUUAUAGAGUGGCGUAUCAAACAUGGACCGUUCAAGAAUAGAGAGCAGUUGUUAAAUGUGAAGGGUAUCGGCAGUAAAACAUUCGAGCAGUGUGCAGGAUUUAUAAGAAUCCUGCCGGAAACAGCAGUGAUUAGCGGCACCCCGGCAGAAAGGGGCGCGGAAUCAAAGAAAUCGAAGAAAUCGAACAGCGAUCUUAAUCUUUUAGACCAAACGUGGAUCCAUCCGGAAUCGUACGCUAUUGCGAAUAAAUUCAUAGAGCACUGCGAAUGCAAACUGGACGAUCUUGGCACACCGGCAUUUAUUGACAGAAUAAAUUCUCACGUGAAAGUGGGAUGUGUAAAACUAGCCGCACAGUUCGAUACUAACGAGGCUACUAUGGAGAUUAUAGUCAAAGCUCUGACCAUGAAGAAGGAUGAAGAUAUACGAUUGAAGUCGGAUCGUCCGCUAUUUCGCACCGGAGCGCGAAGUAUCAAAGAUUUGAGCGUCGAUACCGUACUGAGCGGCGUUGUGCGCAAUGUUACGCAUUUCGGAGCGUUUAUAGAUGUAGGCAUCGACACACAUGGACUGAUACACUUCUCGCGUAUGAAAAAAGAGACACUACAUGUCGGUCAGCGUGUUGAAGUGAAGAUAAUUAAAAUCGAGCUUGCACGCAACAGAGUCUCCCUUGAGUUAAUAAAAUCAUUAGAUAAUUGAUAGUAUUACGAGAGAAAAACUGUUUAGCGGAAAUAGUGUUAGUUUAUAUUAUUUUUACUUAUAAGACUAUGGGGAUAAUAUAAUGAAUAAAGAAAAAAAAUAUUAAUUAACAAUAUUACAAUAAUAAUAAGUAAAUUGUUUUGAUAAUAUCAUACUAAAUUUCUGCACAUUUCACGUAAUCAUUAUUUUUAUUUUCUUUGCAAUUUUUCUGGUUUGUCGAUCCAUGUCUCUUUGUCUUGUUGCAUCGCAACACUUCUCGUGGAUAGUUUAUCUCAGAAAAAUGGAUUCCGCUUUAUGUUGUGCAAUGUGAUUG